AUGCUGAAGCUACUCAAAUUCCUUGCCGUCACCCCGGCACUGGCAGCGGCUACUACCUUCCCUGUCAUUGAAACAAAGUAUGGCUCUGUUCAAGGUGCAGCAUCUCCCUUCCGGCCUAACGUAACUGUCUAUAAGGGUAUUCCCUUUGCUGCGCCACCCACGGAAGCAAAGAGAUGGACUCCGCCUACCAAGCCUUCGCCUUGGAAUGGCACACUGCAUGCGACGGAGUUCGGUCCCCAGUGUUCCCAGCCUUACUCUUCAGCCGGCAUAUUUUCCAGCGGCAAGAACUCUACCAGCGAGGAUUGCCUGUACGUGAACAUCUGGACUCCCACCUACGAUACUACCUCUCAAAGUGAGAUACAAGCUAAGAAAUUGCCUGUGUACGUGUGGAUCUUUGGCGGUCGAUUUGAGGGCGGUUCUGGUGAUGUUAUUACGUAUGACGGCACCGGUCUUGCUUCAAAGGAUAUUAUCGUCGUUACAAUCAACUACCGUCUUGGUGCCUUUGGUUUCCUUGCCCAUCCGGAGCUCUCGGAGGAGUCUGGACACAACAGCUCUGGAAAUUACGGUAUCUUGGACCAACAGUUUGCUCUCCGCUGGGUCCAAGAGAACAUCGGAUACUUUGGUGGAAAUGCAAGCCAGGUCGUCGUUGGUGGCCAGUCUGCUGGGUCCGCAAGUGCCCUCGAUAUGAUGUGGAGUCCUCUUAGCAGCGGACUGAUCAACGGUGUCAUUUCGGAGAGUGGUGCUCGCGGUCCGCGUGAUCCUGCUACUGGAAGCGUAGCUACCAGUUAUAAUACUAAGGAUGAGGCUGAGAACUUCGGUGUCGAGUUCUUGAGCACUAUGAAUGUCUCUUCUAUUGCUGAAUUGCGGCAACUACCAAUGGCGGAUUUGAUUGGCGAAGGCCAGUUAAUGGAAGAUGACUUCUAUUAUGGAACUGUCUUUGCAGACCUGUGGUCUGGACCUCCUCGCUGGCGUCCCGUGAUCGAUGGCUAUGUGUUCCGUCACGGCUACGGAAAGUCGCUUUCCUUGAAUGCCCAUUCAGAUGUGCCUAUCCUCACCGGAAACAACAAAGACGAGAAUGGUGGAAGCGUCUCAAACGUCAGCGAGUAUAAAAGUUUGUUCACAGAGGUCUUCCAAAAUUACUCGUCGGAGUUCUUCUCUCUCUACCCAGCCGACAAUGAUACCGCUGCUAGUGACAUGAGCACUGAGGUCCUCCGCGAUAUGGCCCGGGUUGGGACUUGGGAAUGGGCUGCUGAUUGGGCUGCUGGUGGGGCUAAAAACGAUGUUUUCGUGUACUACUUUACCAAAGCACCCGCCGAGGAUGAGUCUGGCGGCGCCUACCACGGUGCUGAGCUCUGGUAUACCUUCAACAACAUUCCGUACUCGGACUACUCGAACGUUACAUGGAAUACCACCGACUAUAAGAUUGAACAGACUAUGUCGGACUACUGGGUCAACUUUAUUCGUACCGGCAAUCCCAAUGGGGAGGGGCUGACAUACUUCCCACCUUCGACUGCUGCGAACAAGACUGCGAUGUGGCUGGGUGAAUGGAAUGGAGCCGGUCCCAUUGCGGCUUCCAAAGAGAGAGUGAGCUUCUUGCGGCGAUGGAUGUCUCAUCUUCACGAAUAUUAG